AUGGUGACUCCAGUACCAGCGUAUGAGGCAGUAGCCAGGGAGCGAAUCGUCAAGCACAUGAACGCAGACCAUCAUGAUUCGAUCCGCCGCUAUGUCGAAGCCUACGCCUCGAAAAGCCCCAGGCAAAGCCACUCCGCCCAGAUGACAGACAUCACCCUCACCUCCAUGUCCUUCCGCUGCGGAGGCCAAACCAGCACCAUCGCCUUUGACCCGCCCAUGCACUCGCUGCGUGAAGCACGAGAGCGAGUCGUCCAGAUGGACAAGGACGCUCUCCAAAUCUUAGAUCGCAGCGACAUCACCGUAUCUCGCUACAUCCCCCCGUACGUCCACUUGGGCCAUCUUGUCAACUUUACCCAAUGCCUGCUGGUCUAUCUCCUGCUGCCGAGAGCAGCCAAUUUCAGACCAGGCAGUCUGCUGUACGACAACCUCUUGUUCAUGGCUCCGCCGUUUGCGAGGUUCGUGCUACAGGUUCGGUGCAUCGUGCUGCCUAUCAUGCUAGCCAUCCAUGUCUACGAGACUACGCUCAUGGCGAACAAGGUGAGGAGGCAUGGACUGAGUCCCGCCGAUGCCCCCUGGUGGUUGUGGGUGGCUAGUAGCUUCGUGGAGGGCAUCACGAGCUUCUGGCGGCUGGACCGUCUGAUUUCCGAGAAGCAGCGAGAGAAGGAUGCGAAGAAGCAUUGA